CAUUGCACCUCUACUCAUCAGGCUUCAAAGCACACUAUCUUGUUUCUCUCUCUUCUUUAGGAAGACAUCAUCUCUACUCAUAUAAUUCUCUCCUCUUAUCGUACCAGAAAAUUGCUCAUAAUUCUCACAAAGCUAGUCAUCCCACAUCUUCUUUAAUUUCGGAAGCUGCUGUUAUAGUUUUAUUUUCAAUAACGUAACCCCCCGACCCCGAGAGCAGACACAUAAAGCAAAAAUGGAAGAUCUGGGGUUGAGCCUCAGCUUAAGCUUUCCAGAGAACAGGAUAGUUACUCCCGUGCACCUCAAUCUCAUUCGCAAAACCUCUUGGACUGAUUCAUUUCCUUCCUCAGAUCGGAACUCGGAGACAUGCAGAGUGGAGACGAGGACUUUUCUAAAGGGAAUCGACGUGAACCGGCUGCCGGCAACGGCGGAUGCAGAGGAAGAAGCCGGCGUAUCGUCUCCGAACAGCACAAUUUCAAGCGUGAGUGGCAAUAAGCGAAAUGACAGAGAACCAAACUGUGACGAGCAUGAAAUGGAAAGGGCUUGCUCUAGAGGCAUCAGCGACGAAGAGGACGGAGAAACUUGUAGAAAAAAACUCCGUUUAACUAAGGAACAGUCGGCCGUUCUUGAAGAUAACUUCAAAGAGCACAGCACCCUCAAUCCUAAGCAAAAGUUGGCUUUGGCAAAGAGACUGGGAUUGAGGGCACGGCAAGUGGAAGUGUGGUUCCAGAAUAGGAGAGCUAGGACAAAGCUGAAGCAAACUGAAGUAGAUUGUGAAUUCUUGAAGAGGUGUGUUGAGAAUCUGACAGAAGAAAACAGGAGAUUACAGAAAGAGGUUCAAGAGCUACGGGCACUAAAGCUUUCACCUCAAUUCUACAUGCAAAUGACCCCUCCCACCACCCUCACCAUGUGCCCUUCAUGUGAGCGUGUUGCAUCGGGUCCCACAAGUACACCUGUCAAUCUUCGUGUGGGUCCACCUCAGCAACAACCUAUGCCCUUAAAUCUGUGGGCCACCACUCCUAUCUCACAAGGGCAAUUUGGUCAGAUGGACUCUUAUCCUACGCUUGCAAGACAAAAGUGACAAUGACAAACUGUAAUAUGAGUAACCAUAAUGUGUAGGGAGGAAUAAUGGUUUUAAGAUAAGGUUGUUGGGCAUGUGGGGGAUUUGGUGGGUCUAGAAAAUCUCUUUGCUUUUAUUGUAGACCCUCCAUUUUUUUUUUUGACUAAUUAAUUAGGGUUAGUCAUUUUACCUAUCUUCCCCGUUUCAAGAUCAUUAGUGGGGACUGGACAAGAGAACUUUUUUGUUUGUAAAGUAAUGCAAUGAUACCAACAACAACAAAAAAAAGAGUUUGUUCAUUUGUUUCUUGAUU